CCAGCAAGUCUAAAGGAAAUUAGUAACAACAGAUCUUAAGGCAAGCAAGCAAGCAACUCAAGCAAGCAACUCAAGCAGAAGACACGCUGGAAACCAAAACAAGACACCUUUGAUUUGAUCAGAUCUGAACUUAAAAGGAGCAGGAGGAAGUUGUUGGUUGCCUUUCGUUUUGGUUGCUCAUAAAGAUUUGAAGAAAUCGCUUCGGUUUACAAACGGUGAGAAGAUCAGCUCAUCAGCGAUGGUCAAUAUGGAAAUUUGUGGCAUAGAUUGUAGCGCUUUCAAAGGACUCUUGGCAGAGAGGGCACACGCAUGCCUGAUCUUGGACUGUAGGUCGUUUUUUUCAUUCAGUUCAUCUCACAUCAUGGGCUCCAGCAACGUAAGAUUCAGCACAAUAGUUAAAAGGAGGGCAAAAGGCAGCAUGGGCUUGGAGCACAUUAUCCCCAACGAGGAGCAGAGGUGCCGGCUGAUAGCUGGGAUGUAUGAAGCUGUGGUGUUGUUGGAUGAGAGGACAACUGAUCUGGAGCUGCUAAGGAAAGACAGCACCAUGAUGUUGGCUGUCCAUGCCCUGUGUAGAGACCCAAGAGGAAGCAGGAUCUUCUUUCUUAAAGGUGGAUAUGAAAUAUUUUCUUCGGAGUGUCCUGAAUUCUGCAACAAAUGUUCACCCCCUGUGGGUCUGAGUCUGCCCCUCAGUGCCAGCAGUGUGCCAGGGAGUGCAGAUUCAAACUGUACACCGUGUGGCACCCCACUAUAUGAUCAGGGAGGACCAGUGGAAAUUUUACCUUUUCUAUACUUGGGCAGUGCCUACCAUGCCUCUCGAAAAGACAUGCUGGAUACCCUUGGUAUAACUGCCCUGAUCAAUGUUUCUGCAAAUUGUCCCAAUCAUUUUGAAGGUCACUAUCAGUACAAAAGCAUUCCAGUGGAAGACAGUCAUAAAGCAGACAUCAGUUCCUGGUUCAAUGAGGCUAUUGACUUUAUAGACUCUGUUAAAAACACUGGUGGAAGAGUUUUUGUCCACUGUCAAGCUGGGAUCUCACGUUCUGCCACUAUCUGCCUUGCUUAUCUCAUGAGGACUAACCGUGUGAAGCUGGAUGAGGCCUUUGAGUUUGUGAAGCAGAGGAGAAGCAUCAUUUCUCCAAAUUUCAGCUUUAUGGGACAGCUUCUUCAGUUUGAGUCUCAAGUUCUAGCACCUUCUUGUUCUGCUGAAGCAGGUAGUCCAACCAUUGCAGUUCUGGACAGGGGAACAUCCACCACUACAGUCUUCAACUUUCCUGUUUCUAUCCCUGUCCAUUCUGCUACAAACUCUCUGAGUUACCUUCAAAGUCCAAUCACUACUUCUCCGAGCUGCUAAGAUACAGAGCUAAAAGAACUUUGACUAAAGCACAUAGACUAUGUUUUUAUUAAGUGCAAUAUUUGGAAAAUAAUACUUUGUCAACAUGAUCGUCUUUAUUUUUGAACUGUUGAGGUCCAUCAUAUAUGAAGACAAGGUAUUACAGCCAGCAAAACUGACAUGACUUGUUUCCCCCGUAUGUUUUUAUUUUUGGACCUUGUGCCCUAACCACUAAGGAAUUCAAGAAACAGGUCACAAUUGCCUUAUGUAUUUGUAUUUCUGCUUUCCUUGUAAUCUCCAUUUUUGUUUUGGAGAUUUAACAGUAUUUGCAUUCCUGAACUUUUCAUACGGCUUAUUGAUGAAGAACGGCUGCUGCCUAAAACAAACUGUAUACCAUUUUAACGUCAUUUUAUUUAUUCUGCAAGCUGCGUCCUGCCUUCAAAAAGCCUAAGAUUUCUGCUUUUCAACGGAGCAAAGAAGAAAUACCUCAGUAUUACUGGUACUGUAAUUCAACACCAGCUUCAGUUUCCAAAGCACUGACGAAAAAGCACUAGGCCGGAGCCUUCUUCUACAUUUGCUGACUAUUGUACAUAUGCUAUGAUUUUAUUUAUGAUGCAAAAUAAUAUAUUUCUUCUCCUAGGAGAAGGCCUUUUUAAUAUAGAAUUAUGAAAUUUUUUUAUACUUUUAGAAUAAAUUAUGAUAUUUGUACUGAAAA